AUGACAAUCCAACCGCAGACAUGGGACGAGGUCGCUCAGCAGAAGCAGGCGGCCAAUCUCGCCCUCAUCCCAGACGAAUGGCGUAUCAAGACCGCCCAAUCCGUGCACGUCCUGGAUGUUCCCACGACGUGCGGAGUACUCAGCGUGGCAGAGCUCGAUAUCACCGAGACCCCCGCCGCUGAGCUCGUGGAGCGGAUGCGCAAGGGGGUCUUGAAGGCAUACGAUGUGGUGCUGGCUUUCGCAAAGCGCGCUUCGGUGGCUCAUCAGCUCACCAAUUGCCUCUCGGAAAUCCGCUUCGAAGCCGCCCUCGCUGAAGCUGCGGCACUGGACGACCACUUCGCCACCUCCGCCACACUCAAAGGACCCCUACACGGCCUGCCCAUCUCGCUCAAAGACAACUUCAACGUCGAGGGUCUCGACACCUCCGUCGGCUUUGUCGCGUGGUCUAAUGACCCAGCGACCAAAGAGACGGAGAGUGAGCUGGUCGGUACGCUGAGGUCCCAGGGCGCUAUCAUCCUCUGCAAGACCAACGUCCCUACUGCAAUGAUGAUGCCCGAGACCUACAACAAUCUUUUCGGAUACACCUCCAAUCCUCACAACACUCGCCUGAGCAGUGGUGGAUCAUCGGGCGGAGAGAGCGCGUUGCUUGCGCUGAGAGGCACCCCCUUUGGCGUGGGCACGGAUAUCGGCGGGUCGGUCCGUAUACCUGCUGCGUUCACUGGGAUCUUUGCCCUCAAGCCGUCUUAUGGGCGCUUCACCACGCAUGGCGCGCGCUCUGGACUUCCAGGUCAAGAAGCCGUCCGCUCCAUCAACGGGCCGAUGUCGAGCGAUCUAUCCUCCCUCGAGCUCUGGACCAAGGCAAUUGUCGGCAGCGAGGGGUGGCUUACGGACCCCAGCAUCGUACCUAUCCCUUGGCGCGAGAUCACACUUCCCCAGAAGCUGUGCUUUGGGCUGCUGGUCGAUGAUGGGGUAGUAAAGCCGCUCCCUCCUGUCCUGCGCGCGCUGGAGCGGACUCGCAAGGCGCUAGAAGCUGCGGGCCAUACCGUGAUCGAGUACACUCCAUAUGAGACACAUCUCUCUAUCGAUAUCAUCACUCGCCUCUUCCGCGGAGACGGCGGCGUCAAGAUCGCCACCGUUAUCGCCCAAUCCGGCGAGCCGUGGCCAGAAGGACUCGAGACGUAUCGGGACACGUACGAGGCGCUCAAGUCGACACCGCCCACCGUCGAGAAGCUGUGGGAUACUCAGAUGGUCCGACAGCUAUUCGUCAAGAAGACGCUCGAACAUUGGAUGGCCACUUCCGGACGCACCGGUACGGGCCGACCCAUCGACGGUCUCAUCUCCCCCACAACACCUUGGGCGGCGUGUCCCAAGUACGGCUUUGAUCUGCAUCUCCCGUAUACCAGUACUUGGAACCUCACGGAUCAGAGCGCUACCGUGUUCCCAGCUGGAUUCCAGACUCCGGAGGAUGUCAACGCGGAGGGGUAUGUGGGGAGGAAUGAGAGGGAGAAGCGGGUAUGGGCGAAGUAUGACGCAGAGGAGAGCGUUGGCGCUCCGGUCGGGCUCCAGCUGGUUGGCCUAAGGUUCGAGGAGGAGAAGGUGCUCAAGCUUACAGAGGUGGUGAUGGCGGCGCUGGAGAAGGCAUGA